GAGCAGCGUCCACGCCGCUGCCCCUCAGGGGCUACACGGAUUACCACUCCUCGCGCUAGCAGACGGCGGACCGGAGAACUGAGCCCAGUUUUUGUCUUUUUAACCCUUCUAAGAGCAGAGGAGAAAGGGGGUGUGUGUCUGGGGAGGGCGAAGGUGCCGCGAACACCUCCUCUUAACUCUCGCAGCCCCGAGAGAGCUCUCGACUGCAAUCAGCUGCCGCCAGCCCCGAGUGGCCGACGCCGGGAGAGCGGAGCCAAACGCGGCCUGGGCGGCUUCGGGGCGCCCCCGCACCUCCGCCGGCAGCGGCCAAGGAGCGGGCUGGGGGCGCCGGAGGCAUACUUUGGCGAUGAAGCGCCUUCCCCUGCAGACGGAGCAAGCAGGUGCCAGGGUCCAAGGACAAAGCAGAGAAGCGCUGGUGGCGCCGCUCCUCGGGCCGAGGGGGGGGCAUGCACCUGCAUAGCCCACCGGGCCUUGGCUCUCCCCGGCACGCCUCAACUCCGCGGCUUCACAGGCUCUGGAUUUACUAGAAGCCAUUUUGUCUCCCCCACCCCUCCCUUCCCCUCCCCUCUGCCCUCCCCACCCCACUCCCCCCUUUUGUUAAUUAAAAACUAAGAAGUCAGAAUGGGAAUGAGGUAUCCAGCUCCCAUGGAGAAAUCUUGAGGACACCACGCCAGUUCUUUCCUGCCUUCCUUCCGAGAUGGAAAGAGGAGCUCCUAGCUCACUUAAGCCGGGGUAGGGCUGGUUCUCCUUUCCAAGCCAAAAUCCCAGGCGAUGGUGAAUUAUGAACGUGCCACACCAUGAAGCUCUUGUGGCAGGUAACUGUGCACCACACCUGGAAUGCCAUCCUGCUCCCCGUCGUCUACCUCACGGCGCAAGUGUGGAUUCUGUGUGCAGCCAUCGCUGCUGCUGCCUCAGCCGGGCCCCAGAACUGCCCUUCUGUCUGUUCCUGUAGUAACCAGUUCAGCAAGGUGGUGUGCACCCGCCGGGGCCUCUCCGAGGUCCCGCCGGGUAUUCCCUCCAAUACCCGGUACCUCAACCUCAUGGAAAACAACAUCCAGAUGAUCCAGGCCGACACCUUCCGACACCUCCACCACCUGGAGGUCCUGCAACUGGGCAGGAACUCCAUCAGGCAGAUUGAGGUGGGGGCCUUCAAUGGCCUGGCCAGCCUCAACACCCUGGAGCUGUUUGACAACUGGCUGACUGUCAUCCCCAGCGGGGCCUUUGAGUACCUGUCCAAGCUUCGGGAGCUCUGGCUUCGAAACAACCCCAUAGAAAGCAUUCCCUCUUAUGCCUUCAACCGAGUACCCUCCCUCAUGAGACUGGACUUGGGGGAGCUCAAGAAGCUGGAGUAUAUCUCUGAGGGGGCUUUCGAGGGACUGUUCAACCUCAAGUACCUGAACUUGGGCAUGUGCAACAUUAAAGAUAUGCCCAAUCUCACCCCCUUGGUGGGGCUGGAGGAGCUGGAGAUAUCAGGGAAUCAUUUUCCUGAGAUCAGGCCUGGCUCCUUCCAUGGCCUAAGCUCUCUCAAGAAGCUAUGGGUCAUGAAUUCACAGGUCAGCUUGAUUGAGCGGAAUGCUUUUGAUGGGCUGGCCUCACUUGUGGAACUAAACCUGGCCCACAAUAACCUCUCUUCUUUGCCCCACGACCUCUUUACCCCGCUGAGGUACCUGGUGGAGUUGCACCUACACCACAAUCCUUGGAACUGUGAUUGUGACAUUCUGUGGCUCGCUUGGUGGCUCCGGGAGUAUAUACCCACCAAUUCCACCUGCUGUGGCCGCUGUCAUGCUCCCAUGCACAUGCGAGGCCGCUACCUGGUAGAGGUAGACCAGACCGCCUUCCAGUGCUCUGCCCCCUUCAUCAUGGAUGCACCUCGGGACCUCAAUAUCUCUGAGGGUCGGAUAGCGGAACUUAAAUGUCGGACUCCCCCCAUGUCUUCUGUAAAGUGGUUACUACCCAAUGGGACAGUGCUCAGCCACGCCUCCCGCCACCCACGGAUCUCUGUCCUCAAUGAUGGCACCUUGAACUUUUCCCAUGUGCUACUCUCAGACACUGGGGUGUACACAUGCAUGGUGACCAAUGUGGCAGGCAACUCUAAUGCCUCGGCCUACCUCAAUGUGAGCACAGCCGAGCUCAACACCUCUAACUACAGCUUCUUCACCACGGUAACAGUGGAGACCACGGAGAGCUCACCUGAAGACACAACACGGAAGUACAAGCCUGUUCCUACCACAUCUACUGGUUACCAGCCGGCAUACACCACCUCUACCACGGUGCUCAUUCAGACCACUCGUGUGCCCAAGCAGGUGGCAGUACCCGCGACAGACACCACUGACAAGAUGCAGACGAGCCUGGAUGAAGUCAUGAAGACCACCAAGAUCAUCAUUGGCUGCUUUGUGGCAGUGACUCUGCUAGCUGCCGCCAUGUUGAUUGUCUUCUAUAAACUUCGUAAGCGGCACCAGCAGCGGAGUACAGUCACAGCCGCCCGGACAGUUGAAAUUAUCCAGGUGGAUGAAGACAUCCCAGCAGCGGCAUCCACAGCAGCAACCGCAGCUUCGUCCGGUGUAUCAGGUGAGGGGGCAGUAGUGCUGCCCACAAUUCAUGACCAUAUUAACUACAACACCUACAAACCAGCACAUGGGGCCCACUGGACAGAAAACAGCCUGGGGAAUUCUCUGCACCCCACAGUCACCACUAUCUCUGAACCUUAUAUAAUUCAGACCCAUACCAAGGACAAGGUACAGGAAACUCAAAUAUGACUCCCCUCCCCCAAAAAACUUAUAAGAUGCAAUAGAAUGCACACACACAAAAAAGACAGCAACUUUUGUACAGAGUGGGGAGAGACUUUUUCUUGUAUAAUGCUUAUAUAUUAAAUCUAUGGGCUGGUUAAAAAAAGAUUAUAUUAAAAUUUAAAAAGAAAAAAA